GUUGAUAAUUCCAUAUUCUAAUUUUCAAAGUAAUAGAAUAUUCAAACUUUCAUUCAGUUCUAUAAAUAGCUGAUCUGCUUUGUUAAUUUAUUUCAUUCAUUCACAAAAUUUGUUCAUUAUAACAAUGGAAGUUAUUUCUAUUAAACGAUUCAUGCUACCUUUUCUUCUUGUUGCAUUAUCAAUAACGUCAUCUUUUCUCAUAAAGGCUCAAGAUGUUCGUGAACCAGUGCUCGACGUUUCAGGUAACGCUGUUCGUACUGGAGUGAAUUAUUUUAUCCUUCCCGCAGGUCGGGGCAAUGGUGGUGGGCUUCAUGUUGCAUCCAUUAGGAACCGGACCAAACCACUAGUGGUAAGCCAAAACGCCGAUGAAUCAGCACUGGGCAGUAGCCUUCGGUUUUCACCAGUGGACCCAAAAGAAAACACCGUUAGAUUAUCGGAUGAUAUGAACAUAAAAUUUACGUCUAUGGUAAUUUCUGAUUCGUCCACGGUGUGGAGAAUUAACACUGAAGUAAGUCCACAACGUUAUUUGGUGACUGUUGGUGGAGUUGAAGGAAAUCCUGGAAGCAAAACUUUGGUCAAUUGGUUUAGGAUUGACAAGUACGAGGAUGCUUACAAACUUGUGUAUUGUCCUGGAGUUUGCAAUCUUUGCAGACCAUUUUGUGGAGACAUUGGAGUACUUGUGGAAAAUGGGAAAAGGGUUUUGUUUGUUGGUAGAGAUAAACCUCUCAAAGUUAAAUUUCAUAAGCUUAAGAAUUAUUAAUAUUAUACUAUAGUACUAUGUAUGUAUAUGUGUGUGAUUUCACUAUAAUAUAAUGAGUCUGUAUCAGUGA